CUGCAAACUUUGCCCAGCACGGUCUCCGGUGCCCGCGGCCAGCUUUGCUGAGGGCGCCCUCCGGCGAUGGCGCGCGCGACAGUUGGCCGGCUGGGCUGGGCGCGCUCUCCCCGAAGGGGCGCGCGGCGGCCUGGUGGUCCUGCGCGCGGCCAACUUUACGGAGCGCGGGGUCCCGAGCCGGAGGCGGUGUCCGCCGCCCCGCCUGCCGGGUCCGUUUCCAGCCCCGGGCGACUCCUCCCCUGGCCGCAUAGGGGCUUUUACUUUCGCUUUCGUUCGAGCGGCCGCAGACUCUCGGCGGAGGGACGGAGACGGCAGCCAGCUCUGGCCUCCCGAUCGCCGGGGGAACGAUGGCAGACAGUCAAGACCAUAUCGAGGAGCAGGGGGCUGGGGACUCAGCAAGCAAUGACACAGUUGAUGCGAAGCCAGACCGGUCCUCUUUUGUCCCAUCACUCUUCAGUAAGAAGAAGAAAAAUGACUCAGGGAAAUCGGCCAAGAACCCCCGGGACCGAGUGCCUACGUAUCAGUAUAACAUGAAUUUUGAGAAGGUGGGCAAAUGCAUCAUCAUAAACAACAAGAACUUCGACAGAGUGACAGGAAUGGGUGUCCGCAACGGAACAGACAAAGAUGCUGAGGCUCUUUUCAAGUGCUUCCGAAGCCUGGGUUUCGACGUGACCGUCUAUAAUGACUGCUCUUGUGCCAGGAUGCAAGAUCUGCUGAAAAAAGCUUCUGAAGAGGACCACAGAAAUUCAGCCUGCUUUGCCUGCAUCUUAUUAAGCCACGGAGAAGAAAAUUUAAUUUAUGGAACAGACGGCAAGACAGCAAUAAAGGACUUGACAGCCCAUUUUAGGGGGGAUCGAUGCAAAACCCUGCUAGAGAAACCCAAACUCUUCUUCAUUCAGGCUUGCCGGGGGACAGAGCUUGAUGAUGGGAUCCAGGCCGACUCGGGGCCUAUCAGUGACACAGAUGCUAGUCCCCGAUAUAAGAUCCCAGUUGAAGCCGACUUUCUCUUCGCCUAUUCCACAGUUCCAGGCUAUUACUCAUGGAGGAACCCAGGGAGUGGCUCCUGGUUUGUGCAGGCCCUCUGCUCCAUCCUGAACGAGCACGGGAAGAGCCUGGAGAUCUUGCAGAUUCUCACCAGGGUGAAUGACAGGGUGGCCAGGCACUUUGAAUCUCAAUCUAAUGACCCAUGCUUCCAUGAGAAGAAGCAGAUCCCAUGUGUGGUCUCCAUGCUCACCAAGGAACUCUACUUCUGAAGAUAACCAUUCCAGGGGCGCAUUCUAGCUGAGAAGCUACGGAUCAUUUGUUGAUGAAUCAGAAUUUUUUUUUUUUUGAUGCUCUUGAAAGAUCCAGAAAUUCUAAAAGAUUUUAACUUCAGGAAAAUUGAUUCAACAGGAAACUUUCUGGUGCUGUCUUAUCGUCUCUGAAUUUUCAGAGACAUUUUUUUUUUUAACAUUGUUAUCCAUUUGGCGACUUUCUCUUAAGAUUAAUUUCCUGUUUGUCUUUCUUUUUCCUUGUUGUCACACUUAGUACAUACAACAAAAAUGACCUCUGCAGAUGAGUUUUGGCUGUGUCCACCGUGAUUGGUGGUGACUUUGGUAGACCAUCAGAGUCAUAUUUGUACCUGGCAAAGAGAGUGCUUGACAAAAAAACAGCCAAAGGGAUAUUCGUUUGCCUGUAUUGCAGAAAGUGGGUAUUGAAUGCGGUUUGAGUGAUGAUUUUCAUUGGCUUACAGCGGAUUCUUGUGCAGGAAUUCCCAGAUAUGUUAGAGGGGGAAAAAAUGUAAUGAUUCUAGUAUGUAGUAGUCACGAUCCGGUCAGGAAAACAGAAACCAUUCUAAGUAUUUCAGUAGAUGGAAUUUAAUAGAGGAAAUUGACAUACAUAGAUGAUGAAAGAGAAGAUAAAUGAAAGGAAGCUGUUACCACCUAGGACUAUGAGGAGGUGUGGUUCCCUGAGUCCAGAAGCUGGGGUCAUACACAGGAGCUGGAAACAUGGUUGGGGGCUGGCUGGUAGGAGCUGGAACCACCUAGGAGUUGUGGGAAAUGGAGCCGUGGCAGGAACAAAGCCAUUGCCCGAGAUGGGGCAACACCAGAUGAGUCAGACAUAGCAACAUACCCGGGCUUCAACUCUCCUUCUGCCCUCUAGUCUUCCUCUAACACCUUACCCUUCCAGCCCUACCUGGAAGGAAUCUGGCAAGGGCCCUGGGAAGUGUGAUUUCCUGCAAUACAGAGCAUAGCAAGGGAGAGUGAGGCAAGGGAGUUACAGAAAUAGAUAUGGGCCUGGCUCACAAUGUGAAUAGAAGGAAUCCUAUUCCCUGUGUUCAGUGAAUCAUCCAGUCAAUCAUUUAUUCAUUGAGUUGUCAGAUAAUCUUUGUGUUACCUGUUAUGUGCAAAAUCAUCUAUUUUAGCUUUAAAAUCUGCCUGGAACUUUUUAGGUUAUCCCAAGCCUUAUUCUGGGUAAAUUUUUUGUUACCUCUGAUUCUCUAAAUGGGGGAAGGUUUAUGGCGAAGAUAUUUACACUGUGUUUUCAAGGUGGUGUCCCCUUUUGAAUCCUUGAUAAUUACUAUUUUACCCUGCCCGAUAACUUGUUAACAAACAAAUGUUUAUAUUUAUUGAUUAAAAUGUGGUUGUUUAAUUCCUAA